AUGUUUGGCUUUUGUUGUAGAAGAUUGCAAUUACUAGUUCCAAGCUGUAGCAGCAUUUCUCUUGAUUCUUCAGUGACCCAUUUUCAAAAGGCAUCACCUUUUAGCAGAUCAUAUGCAUCAUUAUUAGGAUCUGCAAUAGAUGAUAAACCCCAAGGUCACUCCUUUACAGUUUCAUACCUUAUAAACUCAUGUGGGUUAUCCCCAGAAGUGGCUCUCUCUCUGUCCAAGAAGCAGAAGAGGGUACAGUUUGAAUCCCCAGAAAAACCAGACUCGGUUAUUAAGCUUCUAAAACACUAUGGACUUAGUGAUACCCAUGUCUCCAAUAUUGUUAAGAAACGCCCAGACCUGCUCUUAGCCAAUGCUGAAAAGAUCCUUUUGCCCAAACUUGAGUUUUUCGCUUCUAUUGGCCUUUCGGGCACUGACCUUGCUCAGGUUGUCUCCGGCAACCCAAAUGUUUUGAACUUGAGCUUAGAGAGAAAUCUGAGACCCUGUUAUGAUAUGAUCAAGAGUCUACCUAUCCCGGACAAAAUGGUGGGUCGUGUCUUUUCGAAAUUGUAUCAGGGAUUCAUGGUCAGCGCAAAUGUACUAAGCAAUAUUGCCCCCAAUAUUGCAUUUCUGAAGGAAGUUCAAGUGCCAGAAUCCUCGGUCAAUCUGUGUCUGAGCAAUACCCUUUUUGCAGUGUCACGGGAAAACCAAAAGUUUAAGGAAAACGUGGAGAAAGUCAUCAGUAUGGGAAUAAGCCCGUCUUCUGCAACCUUUUUGAAAGCCUUGUAUGUGAUUUCUGUGAUGGAUCACUCGAAAUGGGUACAAAGGAUGGAAUCAUAUAAGACGACAUUCGGUUGGACUGAAGAUGUUUUCUUGUUGGCAUUUAGAAAAAAUCCAUUGUUUAUGGCAUUGUUAGAGAAGAAAGUUUUAAGUAAAGUUGAUUUUCUUGUCAAGAGAAUGGGUUGGCAGCCUGCAUUUGUAGCUAAAUAUCCUAGUGUUCUAACAUUUAGUUUGGAGAAGUGGAUUAUACCUAGGUGCAAAGUUAUUAGAGUGCUUCUCUUGAAGGGCUUAAUAAUAAGGGGAGAAGAUUCUUUGAUUGGUACUGCCCUGUUGGCUGGUAAGAAUUACUUCUUGGAUAGGUUUGUGAUCAGAUAUCAGAAGCAAGUACCUGAGUUAUUGAAUAUCUUUCAAGGGAAAAUGAGUCUUGCGGACGUUGGCUUAGGGUUUGAGGAAACAGGUGGAACGAAAUAG